UGGAACUACAUGAGGGUGAGUCAUUAAUGAAAUAAUUUUCAUUUUUGGGUGAACUAACCCUUUAAGCUCUUCUCUGGUCCUCACUGGAUGGAUUGCAUGGCCAGUAAAACUCAAUUCCCCAUGCAUGGGGUUUUUGAAGUCCAAAUGGUGUCAUCACACACACAAUUAACUUAGUCAGCGCUUGAGCUCUGGACGGCCGCCGUCAUGACCUGCGCUUCAGCCUGCAGCCAUCACGGGGUCAGAGGUUUCCUGGGACAGUCUAUACCACCAGAGCAUUAAACACAUGUGUUACUGCUUUCCAGUCUGUCUAUCCACUCUCAUGUUUGACAAAUUAAGGUCAUUUCUGUCGCUUUCGUCUUCAAGCAGCGUGAUAGUAAUGAUGAUAUUCAGUACUGUCACACCACUUCAGUUAAUCCGUUCAGGUGUGUCCAAAACGCAAGAGAUUAAAUUAUAGUGCUUAUUUCAGCUUUUGGCCUUUUGUUAUUUGAGGCUGUAAAACUGGUUGAACCUGAAGUAGAUUUCAUUUUGGUUUUGCAGGUCACUUGUCAUUCUGAUCCUCACAUUUAGUCCAGAUUUGCCUUACUCAAGCAAGCAUCUCCAAGCAACCUCAUCUGGCUCCACAACAAAAUGAAAGCUUGCCUGAAAAGAACAACAUGUUUAUAGUAAUGUUCAUUCUGUCUACUUUUGUUAUGUGCUCCAAAACGGUGUGUAAUUUCGGAAUGCUUAGCGUUUCAAGAGCUUAUCAGACUUUAAUGUCAGCUACAUAAGUUAGCAAGUCUUUAUUUUAAAAACGCCAGUUGAAUAGGCAUUUUUGGAAGGCUUUUCGGACAUGCUUGACACAUUAAAUCAAGAUCUCCAGCUGGGGCUUAGCUGCACAAGGACUGAAGGUUUGUCAUUAGGCCAAAUAAGCCAUGGACUUCACAGCCAAACCCAUGCCAAAACAAUGUGUUAACACACUUGAUGGAGUGCCAGGGACGAUCUGGCGAGUUCUGACUGAAUUAGGUUACAAAAUCUCAAAAUUUUGGCUAAAUGCAAGAAUGUAUUUUUGCACAACUGAAAACAGCUUUAAUGGCCUGUUUUGCUCGUCCAUGAUUGCAAAGAGGAUUCAGAUGUCUGUGGACUGUGUUAAGGACAGGCUGCUGUACAUGCUCACCAAUGGUGCUUACCAUAUGAAAUAAACUGGCAAUAGUGUAAUGACAAUUGAUUGGUUACCAGUUGAUACUUUAUGAACACACACACACACACACACACACACACACACAUAAUAAUAAUAAUAAUAAUAAUAAUAAUAAUAACAAGAAGAAUAACUCUACAGUACAAUAAAUAUAAUAGACCUAGGUUAUAUUACAUUAUAUAAUGAGGUUCAACAGUUCUACCGUUCAAACAGUAGCGUCUCAAAUACUGUCUGUUAUCGUGCAACAAGAGUCAAGCCCACUGAUUUAAUUGACCUAAUUAAAUAUAGGUCAAGCUAGUAUUAUAAUAGUAGCCAAACAGUGAUCAAAGUAAUAUCAAAGAUGGCAGUGUCCAUAAAACGUCCAAAAAAGUAUUGGCACUUUUUGAUACGACAAGAGUCCAACUGAGCCGUGAGUUUAUCCGUCAAAUCUUCAUUAACCGACAGAAACUUGUAAAGACGCGAUAGCCGGACGGCUUUAACCGCUGCACUCGCGUCUCGCGCACGACACGGCAUUUGAGUCGCGUAUAGAACACAACAUAAAACUGACGGGAGCGGCUCCGGUGGAGAACAGUGACUGGAUCUAGAACCUUCCGAUGACGCACAGCUCAUAUCUUCGUCGCUACGGCUGCUAAGAAGAUGCUAAAUGGGACUACAGAUAUGGUCAGGACAUUAAACGUCAUUACACCGAUCAGUGUUUGAUCUGCGGGACUCGUCACUCUUUCUCUUGAGGAGGAUUCAUUAGCCACAUGGCGUUAGUCAUCGGACUCCUACAUCAGCACUUUGACAGCCGGGAAUUGCUGAAAUAUGACGGAAAAGGAGUUAAGGAUGAUGUAAGAGAUGGUUGUGUAGUGAUGAUGUGUCACACUGUUACUUACAUGAGAUAUGUAAAUAAUUUAUCACAAGGAGAAAAAGAAUCUCACAUUUAAAUAAUGCAAAAAAACAUAGAGCGUGUUAGUGCUCUUUGGCUCAGUUAUGUCACUUCUGCAUUGUUCUUUAUCUCUGUUGCAUCUGCAGUUUUAUUUCCAGUCCAAACCAAUGGAGAUUUGAAAAGACGCACAAUAAAUAAAAUGUAGGCAGUUAGAGAGUCACACAGAGAGAGAGAGGCUGUGGUUGUGUUCUCCACCCUUUGACACUGGGCCAUCGAGCCGUAACUCCCUGAAUCUCUCUUCCAGAACAGGGAGUGUCUACAUCUGAUCUCAUCACAGUCUGUGGCUGCAAUUAAAGGCAGCUAAUCUGAGCUCAGUGUGCAUGUGCUGAGGACGUGACAGAUGCUCAGAGUCUUACACUGUGCAGUAGCUGGCACCACAAUGUUAAGUUAUGGGUGGUUGCCAGGGAGUUGCUAUGCGGUUGCUAUGGUGUUCUGAGUGGUUGUUAGUGUGUUGCUUUGUGGUUUCUAGGGUGUUGUGAGGCCCCGUUUACAUUUUAAAACGCAUACGUUUUGCUACAGUUACGCCUGUCUUUUACACUAUGCCGGUGUUUUCAAACCUUGAAAACUGAGACUUUCAGACUGCAGACCCUGUUUUAGUUUGAAAACGCCGGAGUUGCAUUGAAGUGUAUAUGGACCAAAAUGCAGACUUUUGAAAACGAUGGCUUGGCAGCCCACGUUCACUCUGCGUAUCCUUGAUGACCGUGAAAACAAUAACAUGGAGACUGAACUGCAAUUUUUGCUGGCUUUGUUGUCAUUUUUAGCAGCCAUUGUGCAGUUAAACUUUAUAUUUCAUAUAUGCAUUUUUUUAAAAUAUUGCAGCUACCUACAUGCGCAAGAGGCAACUGUUUACACUUGUACGUGCAUGCCAUGUAGUGUAGACGGAGAUCAUUUCUGAAACGCUGUGGAAACAUCAGUGUAGACGAGGAUCGUUUUCAUUUUAAAACGCUGUUUAAAACAAAACGCACUAGUGGAAACAGGGCCUGAGUCUCGGUGAUUUCAGGUCCCUUCUUCAGCGGGAUUUUUGCAGCUGUUUCCUGGUCCACCAGGUGAAAAGGGGAGUCUGAUCAUUUAGGAAUUAUUCAUAUCUGGAGCACAAACACUGCAGGAUGAUGCACUAAGGCUACGUUCACACUGUGAGCAUUAGUGCUCAAUUAUAAUUUAUUGCCCAGAUCCAAUGUUUUUGUAUAACUGUUCACAUUGUUGUUUUAAUUGUGGCCAAUAUCAGAUUCGAGCGUGAAUAGAUCAUGGUCCUGAACUGACCCCAUUGAAAAGAUAAAAAGAUGUCACGUGUUUAUUUAUUGUGUGGUCUGCCCUGGAAGCCAGGGAAUUUAUGCACAGGCAAUGUAAAAAAAAAAACAAAUACGAGGAUGCGAAAAAGGAGAGUAUAGUUUUUAAACAUUUAUGAUGAUUUACUUCAACACCACAUUCUGAAACAAUGUUGCAACGGUACUGAUAAAUUCAGGUAUGUAAAAUCUUUGAAUCUUUGAAGUCACAUGAGACUGAGCUUGCAUUGCAAAACAUCUGACCUGUAUCAGUUUUAGGACCACAUAUGGAAGUGGCCCAAAUCAGAAUCAAAAAGAUCAGAUUGCUUGUGGUUUGUGCUGUUCGCACUGUCAUAACAAAAACAGAUCUGAGCCACAUAUGAGCAAAAAAAUUCGGAUUUAGACCACAUUUAGCUACAGUCUGAACAUUGCCUUAGUUUGAGCAGUAAUAAGUGAUGCUUCCCUGGUCAAACACCUAUAAAUGUCAUCUUAAGUCUUGAACUGCAUGCAUUAGAUGGAAGUUUUAUUUUGGACAUUUCACAUUUCUUUUGGAUUUGUGGCACAUUACCCUGUCAGACAGUCUUGUUUUGAGAAAUGUAACAGAAAAUGGAUUGAAAUUUCUGACCUAUUGAAUCUGGGCUCGAUAAGUGAUGCACAGUUUUUUAUUUGCCUGUGUUUGUGGCCAAAGCAGUUCUUUUGUGGUUAAUGUGGCUAAUUAGACACAAGGUGAGUUAAACUUUCGUAUCAUCAGUGACCAAGAAAUCAGAGCUAAAAUUGUUAUUUUGAUUUGUGCAAUAACUAAUUUAAAAAUCAAAUCAUCCUAGUAUAUGAAGAAAGAAAGAAAGAAAGAAAGAAAGAAAGAGAAAGAAAGAAAGAAAGAAAGAAAGAAAGAAAGAAAGAAAGAAAGAAAGAAAGAAAAAGAAAGAAAGAACUGUCAACCAAUCACAAUUAACCUCCCCCAACUCCCUCAAGUGUUCACCCACCGCAAUUCAGUCCAAUUUACAUAAAAGGAGGCAGUAAAUCUCAUGUGUAAGAAGCGUGUUUGGUUGACAUGUACAGUAUCAGUAGCAUGCAGCCAUGUUACUUCACUUUCACCCAUUUAAAUGUAGGUGUAAGACAGAAAUAAUAUAUUCACGUCCAUAGAGAGAAGGGGAAAAAAAAAGAAAAAAAAAAACCUUGUCAUAUGGGCAAUUUGAGGCGCCUGAAAGCAUGAAGCAAUUUAUCCUGGUUUGGAUGGAGCUUUUUGUGUUAUGAUAAUGUCCACAUAAUUUAUUCUUGUGGAUUGGCUUUUCUUUAAAUCCAUCUGACAGAUAAACACAAGGAAGCCCGUCAUUCCUGUUUGAUUCUCAAGGUAAAAACGACUUGCUAAAAGAGGCAGUCGUUUCUAAAAAGCUGCUAAACACAAAUAGUGAGCAAUGAAGUUGGAGGAUGGAAGAAUAGGCAGAUUUUGGGUGUCGGGAGUGCUCGUACAGUCAGUCAGGACUUUUCUGCACCCUUCCCACCGCCCUCCUGUAUGUUUGGAUGCUGUGUGAGUAGAAUACUGAUGAGCUUGUUUUUUGGGGGAUUAAUUUCCAUUUGGAGACAGGGAGCGGUCCCCCCUCUCAGCACUGCGGUGGGCGUCCGCCUUCCUCUGCAGUCCUUGUUCCCCUCCAAUAUUAUUGCACUGCAGAGCUCACUUAUUUACUGACGUAAUUGUAUCCACUGAUGUGAAAAAAACAUAUAAAUACAUGCUUAAAAGUUAACAGAGUAGAAUGAACGUGAUGGCCCAGUUUUAGUAUUCAUGCAGUGCAAUCUGCUGUAGCGGUUUUUGAUAACGUGUCAUUCACAUACUGGUGAAAUUCUUAAAAAGCUUUCAUUGGAUUGAUUGACUUCUAUGUUUCACAGAGAGUCGUCCUCGUGUGGGACAGACAUGCUGAUGGAGAUCUUCAGAACACACUGUGACCGAAGCUUUAUUGAGUGCAAUGUUGGAUUGAGGCGGAUUGAUUUAGAAGAAUUGAAAAUAGAUUUUGAAUUGAAUUAGAGGAUUGACGGGUCUCCAGCGCUGUUCUGUAGAAGCGACCUCUCUGCAUUGAUUUGCAGAGUCACCAGGAUGAUGAAAAACAAGUGCAUUAUUUUAGAUACAAUAUUGAAAUAAUUAAAUACAUGCACCCAUAUAAACAGAUAUUUGCUUUAUUCUAUGAAACAUCCAAGCUCAGACUCGAUGAGAGAAACAUCACACUGUUGACUGAAACCGGAGCAUAUACAUGCUCACAUGCUUCUGUGAGAUUAAGAUAAAAGGUUUUGCUGUUCACAAAAAUCUCCACUAUUGCCUGUUUUUAAUGUAAUGGCCAAGUAAUGAAUAAACACAUUUCGGCAAGAGCAGUGCCAUCAUGCAUGUCCAUGUUAUAUAUUUCUAUUGCAGUGUGUGAUGGUAGGAACCAGCCUAUAGAUUUUUCCAUAUAAAUCAGCAAUAUAAAUGUUUAUUAUCAUUGCACUAUUCCAUAUGCACUUACCUCUUUCAAUUAUUCUAAAGAAAGUGCAUCAAGCUAUGGUGAACGUCUCCUUGUGACAGAGUAGAAUUACUUUUUUUAUAGUCUCCACCACACUGAAAAAGCUGGAUGUAAUCAGCAGAUGCUAUUUGGUUUUCAAAUACUUUAAAUACAUUAAAAACAGAAUCAAAUGAGCGGCCAUAUGAUGAGACAUCUUCCUGAUGUGUACAUUCAGUGGAGACUUCUCUGAACUCAGAGCUCUAUUAAUGUGUCUUUCAACCGCGUGCUGGAGCACUUGAACCGGUUUGGUGAAACAAUGACCUUGGUGGUUUGAGGAAUGGAUGAGUUUUUAAAUAAAUAAUCAAAAUAAAUAAUCAGGCGUGGUGCUCCUGGCAUAAUAACUACCUGACACUCUGACAACAACUGACAGGGACAGAGAGAAUGCGUGCAGAGAAUGAGAGAAUGAGUGCAGACCGCGCUUAUCCCGUGAGAAGCUUGAUUGCCACUUACACUCAUGUUUGCGUGUGAGAGAGAGCGAGGAGGGCACAUUUAAAUUCCAGACCCCUAAAAAAACACGUCUGGCUUUCACCUGCUGUCACCUUCCAUGCCUUGACAACAGCAGGCGUGCAAUUAGACGCUCAUGGAAGACAUCCCAAUUUACAGCUUCAACGUCACUGGAUUUCUCUGCACCUCUUUCAUGACUGAUUAAAAACAGUCUCCUUAGUUAAGACCUUCAGAGCUCCAUAGGUUUUGCUUUGAAUGUGAUUUAAGAUCGUGUUGUUUUGAUUUUAUUUAUUUUUACAUUUUUAAGGUGUAAAAUGAACAGAAUGAACACUAAACUUGCUGCUGAAUGUGACCUGUUUUUAUCACUGCUCAGACGCACUAAACUGAAAUCAUUUACAUUUUUUUUUUCUUUUUCAGUUUAUACAUGCUUGUAAUUUGUAAAUUAAUUAUAUUACAUUCAAUGUUAAAAGCUUAAUUAUACAAGCAUUAUAAAUUCUCUUAAUUCUCAUUCUGAAUCUGGAUGGGCCACAUUUAAAGCUGUUGCAAAAUAUCAGUACACACAAACACACACACGCACGCACACACACCUGUGACCCACGUAUAAUAUGACGUAUAAUCUUGUCUGACGUUCCUCUCUCAGGUUAGAGCAGACAGUAGGAGAUGCCGCUGCCAUGUUUCUGUCUGUUUCUCUGACCAUAUCACUGUUCAGUUUGUACUGCAGAGCCGUAAUGACAUUUCAUGGAAUGAAGGGGCUUCUCAUGCAGUUUUUAGCCUGUAAUCUGUGAGUGCUCGGUUUCAGCACUGCUGCAUAUGGCAGACAAAGCCUCUCUUUCAGAUACGCAGGCCUGACCAGGAGCCGUUCACAGAUCACUCUCCUCUUCCUCAGACCGCUGCAAACACUGGAGUCACUGUGUGCAAAUUACAGCACAAAGACCACAUUACAGCACUAUCACAUUCAGAAGAAUUAAGGCACCAGUGUGACAGAUGAAACAGCUGAACUCUGGGAAGAGCAGUUGAGGGGUAGUUGGCUGUCUAGAGCAGUACUGUAUUGGCAGAAUUCAUCAUAUUAUUAUGAGAAACAGCUGUGUUACUUUAUAUGUAACUCCAUGGAGUGUGGAAGUGGAGGGGGGGGGCACUUGGGCCUGGGCCAGGGUUACUUUUGAGGUCUGGUUCAAAUAUGACAUACAAAAAUAUAAAGGCCCAUAUGUAUUAACGGUUAUUCGGUUAAACGGUUAAAGAUUGCAAUCUCGAUUCAAACACACACGCAAUCCUAUUGCUAAAUAACAAUGAUUCCGUUGUGUCUAUUAGACCUUAGAAAUUACGAUCACACUGGAAUAUUUAAACAUGCUUUCACACUGCUGCUGACCCAGAGAUAACAGUGCUCAUAUUUGAAACAGCAUCACAAACAGUUUCCCUUUCGAAGGGAACUCAACUCUGCGUUGCCACGCUUUGGGGAACGUCACACGUGACUCGGUGUCUGAAAAACCAACUAUCCAACAACGCCAAUGCUCAUUGGCCGGCGACAGCCUAUGGCGUCAUAGGGGCGCGACCCGGAUGUAUAAAAGCGCGCCCGCGGGAGCAGUCAUUAUCUUUUCGUCUUUCAGGGACUGCCUGUGUCUUGCCACUAUCUGACUUCUCUGAAUUCAAACUGUGAGUAUCUUGGAAACUAUGUCUGAGGGCAAAGGUUUCAGGAAGUGUGCGGAUCCUUGUCCGAGGUUUCUGACCCCGGAGGAUCCUCACACCCUAUGUGUGUUAUGUCUGGGAGAAGAGCACGCACGGUCGGCGUUUGAGGACACUGGCUGUGAGCUGUGUGAGCGUUUUCCCAUGAGAACGCUCCGUUCCCGCCUGACGCUCUUCUCAAGGGGAGAGACGUCUACACCUGUGCCCGGACGAUCUGGUCCUGCUCGUGCUGAGGCCGAGCGGCGGCUGCAUUCAUGGGGGUCGCAGGUGGAGCUCGCCGCUAAGUUUGAGAGAGGUGUCACGGUCUCUCAACCUCAAGCGGCGGCUGGCGGGGAUGAGCUUCUGGAUGACGAUGAUGCCAUCUCCUUGACAUCAUCGGAUCCAGGAGCGAGUGCUCUUCUGGCUGAGAGCCCCCGAGAGCAGGAGAUGGUGUUGGAAAAGGGAGAAGUGACUGAGGUUGCCUCUUUCUCUUCCAAGCCUCCCUGUCCAGCAUAUGUGGAAUUAUUGGAGGUUGUGGAACACGCUGCAGGCAGGCUGCAGCUGCCAUGGCAGCGCGUCAGGAAAGAGCCCGUUCGUGGCAGAUUGGACGAACGGUUUCUCUCCGACCACAACCCUAUAAUUCCUGUGAGCCUUCCAUUCCUUCCCGACCUACAUGUUGAGGUGGGGAAGGCAUGGAAGAACCCAUACUCGGCCAGGAUUCAUUUGCAUCAGCGGGGGAAUUUCGCUGAUGUAGAGGAAUGGGGCCAGCAUGGGUAUGUGUCGAUGCCCCCCAUUGACGAGACGUUUGCUAACUAUCUCGUCACGGGUAGCGCGCCGACACUGAAGGCUCCGUUUCUGCCAUCUAAACCCCUUAAGAUGACAUCCCGUUUGAACGGCAGAGCAUAUGCUGCUGCGGGCCAGGCUGGUGCUGCUUUGCACACGAUGGCGGUGUUGCAAGCAUACCAGGCUGACCUGCUGAAGGACCUGGAUCAGGGGCAGGGUUUGUCCCCUGAUGCGGUGGCUGAGCUGCGCCAAACCACGGAUUUGGCUCUCCGUGCCACUAAGCAAACGGCCGCCUCGAUUGGAAGAUCGAUGGCGGCUAUGGUGGCUACAGAGAGGCACCUUUGGUUGACCAUGGCGGACAUCGGGGAGAAAGAGAAGGGCUCUCUCCUCGAUGCCCCGGUCUCGCCAUCUGAACUUUUCGGCGGUUCCGUUGAGGCGGUCGUUGGAAAGUUUAGGGAGGCGAGGGCGCGCUCAGCAGCAUUUAAGAAGUGCAUACCGCUCAGGUCCGAUUCUGGGCCCAGACAACCGGGAGGCUCUGGUCCACCUCGAGCCGAGGCUCAGAGGCAGGGUCAGAGAUCCAGUGUCGCCGCUCGAGCACCUCCUCCACCUCGGAGUAAGUCUCAGAAGCGGCGGGAUGCAAAGAAAAGGAGAGGUGAUUUGAGAGAGGUGAUCAAUCAGCGGCGUGAUCAACGCCACUGAUUGCUCCCCUCUCUUGGCGAGGGAGGAUUUGGUACUUUCCUUCGCCCCUUUUCUUCGUCCCCCCGGGAUAUGUUUUUAUUUCUAAUCUGUGCACGUUCAGGAUAACACCUUUGAACAGUCAGGCCGGUGGCCGGCCCAUGAUGAAACUUUUUCUGAAGGCCCGCCUCCUGGCUUGAUAGUGAAAAGGUUCGUAGACUUAUGGAACCGGAGAUAUCAUUCUUCUACUAUGAAAGAACGUGGAAGGAAUCUCUGGUCUUCGAGCCGUGGGAAGGUAAGACAAGGUCUGAUUUAAUCGCUUAAAUGUUCGACCUUGUUUUUAUUCCUGUAUUGUUUCCUGAAUGUGUAACAGUAAAUAUGUAUUUGGGGGUUUUUUUUGGGCAAAAAACUGGAGUGUUGAGACUGACUGAGCGAGCCACAGAAUGGCUGCUGUUCAGUUUUCUCUCUGUAUGUUCUGCCAUUCGACUAUUGUCAGUAUAGUUUGAGCUGGCGCUCAUCACUUCAGUUUAUGCGUUUGUGGCGGUCCUAACUGGCCGCCCAGCGCGAUGGCUGUGAUCUUUGCUGUAUUUCUUAUCUGAAAUUUCGAGGUAGAGAUCAGGCUUAUUAUAGCGCCUGUUAUUUUGAAAAGGCCUUGUAUGUUGUUUGGCCAGGCUAGAACUAAGUGUAUGUAUGGUGUAUGUAUAAAUAAUUCCCAUAUGUAUUUUAGUUUUGGCUUUCUCCUGAGGGAGUGGCUGAAUUUUUUGCCCAGAUUAUCCCAUUGCUUAUGUAGGUGCAACGAUGAGUGUAACAGCUAGGUUUUAGAUUGCUUUGUUAGAGACCUGAUGCUGUUUCUCAGGUGGUAGGCCCUUAUCUUUGCGUAGAUAAGUUUAUGCUAUUGGUAUUGCUAGGCCCCACUCUCUAGAACAUUCAUGCUGAGAGGAAAGAAUAUUUUCUUCCGAGCCACUUGAUAUUUUCAAGUUUGAGUUGACUUGCCAGCAUUUUAGCUUUGUCCUCUAAGGCUUGGAACAGAUUUGAGAAUCUGUAGCAAUGAUUUAAUUUUUUCUCUCUGUCAAAUAGCAUGUAUUUCAAAGUUUCCUUUGAGUUCUAGACGUUUGCCCUGCAUUUGGUAUGUGAGCUUGAUAUGCUGCCACAGGUGGGCACCCGCUUAUUAUGGUAGGCCUUCUUAAAAAGCGGCCUCUAUGUAAGUGCUGGUGAAUCCUUUCCCCAGGGUUACUGAGUGCAUCACCUGUUGGAUUGCAUACUCAGGGUAGCUAGAUCACUUUUUGAGUAAAGUUAGUAUCUGUCAGCUUCCUUUCAGUUAUCUGUUUAUCAACUAUAUUGCAUAUAACGGUGAUUGUAGGCUAGACUGUUCAGCCUCCUUCUAGUUAGCAAUAGUUUUAUACUGCUGUAUAAUAGAUUUCAGUCUGCAGGCCCUGCAGCAUGUUGUUUGAGGUAGCAGGCUCAACUAGCCUCCCUUAAGCCAUGUUGGUUAUGUAUGGUUCCCUUUAGUCACAUAACUUAGGGUACUUGCCUGUUUGGAAAGUGUAGCCUAGCACAGGUAGCAGUUAGCUUCCCAUAGUUAAUUGGGUUAGAGCUGGUUCCCUGUAGCUUGGUUCCCUGGAAAUUCGCGAACUGAAGCCACGUGUCAUUGAAUCGGCAGGCCCCUUCAGGCCUCCUUUUUAGUUUACAUGUUGGCACAGAUUGUGUUUUUCUGUGCGGCUUUGGAUAAGAUGACAGUAGUGAAACCUUACUGAGGUUUGGUUUAGCCUAUUGUUGCCUCUCUGAGUCGAUGAUUCUAGUUGAGCUAAGAGCCACCUAGCGCCUAGGUUGGAUCUUUAGGCUCCUGGAAAUGGCCACGAGACUUACGCCAUGUGUCCUGGAGGAUGCUAAGCCUGCGGGCCGCCUUUUUUGGACACACUGGUGUUUGUUUUGGGUGUAUUUCUCCCUGAGAACUAGUCAUAUACACUUUCGCUGGCCAGGGGCCCAAGUGGUAGAUUCAACCCCCUCUUUUGCGGGUUGUUUACCUGGCUUGGGACCUAAACACUACCACGAGCUGAUGCCACGUGUUUGUUGAGGUUAUAGGCCUUCCAGGCCUUCCUUAAUACGUGUUGGCGUACGCUGUACUCCUCUUGUUUAAAGAGUAAAAAGUGUUUUUUACGGAGUACACUGCUUGUCGGAUUGUGUUGGGUGGAUUAUUAAGGAGCACUGUGCAGCUUUCCUAUGGCUGCCAUGGAAGUUAUCUGUCUCUGUACGUUAGACAGGUGUUCAGAAAGGCGUUUUUACCAUAAAACGGGUUGUUUUCUGGAGUGUACUUCUGUUGUCAUGUUGUAAGUCCCUCCCGGGCCUCCAUGGUUAUGUGCUCUUGGCAUAGUCUACCUGUUAGGUGAGCUCUGCGCUUCCCCCUUGGGGUUGGGUUUUGUAAUAGUGCUUAGCUCCCUAAGCUGGUUAUGAUGGUUAGGUCUUCAUCAGGCCCCAUCUUAAGAAUCAGCCCUAGGCUGGUUUGUGCUCCCCUUUCAGGGUUUUCAGCGCACAGCCUCCUCAGUGCGUUAAUUAAGCACUGGGUAGAUCCUAGGUGAGCGGAUUAUCUCCCCUCGAUAUGAGGGUUCAUAGCAUUCAGCUGAGUUCUGCUCUCCAGGAUGCCCGUCUCUACGCGUGGGUCUGAGCUGGUUUCUGCCUUUCUGCAGUCACUCUUACCUAUUUUCUUCUUCAAGAAUGCAUUCUAGAGGCUCUGUAUUCAGACAGGGUUGGCCUGGACUAAGUCUGUUCCCCUAGAAGACCAGGUCGGCCUCCCUGGUGGCAAUGAGGGUGACCCCGUUCCCCUCAAGAGUGGCUGGCCGAGGUUCCCUUUGGUUCCUUGGCCACAUUCCCUUAAAGGGACCACUUUUUCAUUCGGGAAAGUGGGUCCCGGACGCCUUAGCGAUUUCUUUAGGCUCUAUUUGUUGAAAGAGAAAGGUAGAAGCCUUUUGGAAGUUCAGCUUGGGCUGUUGGCCAAAGGGAAUGCUGUCACUGACAGCCUGGUGUGACUUGAGGGGGAGUUGCUGAGCAGUUCGAGGACUGCUUUGAGACCUUUGUUUCAGCCAUAUUUUUUGGGAGGCACUCUCCUUAAUCAUGGCGGCGUUGGUAUAUCGUUCCCCAAAGCGUGGCAACGCAGAGUUGAGUUCCCUUCGAAAGGGAACGUCUCAGGUUAUGUAUGUAACCAUAGUUCCCUGAGAACAGGGAACGAGACUCUGCGUUCCUUUGCCAUGCUUCAGGCGGCCUGCUGGGCAGUCCCUUCAAGACGAUGGAUAAUGACUGCUCCCGCGGGCGCGCUUUUAUACAUCCGGGUCGCGCCCCUAUGACGUCAUAGGCUGUCGCCGGCCAAUGAGCAUUGGCGUUGUUGGAUAGUUGGUUUUUCAGUCACCAAGUCACCGAGUCAUGAUUGAUUUUAAUAUAUGUAUUUAUAACAUUUUAGACAUUUAUAUUGACUCAUUUAUAACAUUAAAUAGAACAUUUAGUCAAGUAAAUUAUAUGUUAUUUUGUUUAAUUGUCUAAUGUUUUGUUUUCAGAAUCUUGGGAGAAUCAGAAGCAUAAAUCAUCUGGAUGAAUUAUUUAUCCAGAAUCAUACAUUAAGCUUAAAAUAAUAUAUAAUAUAUCUGGAAUAUAAUUUAUACUAUUAGCACUGUUUCUAAUAUUAAAAUAUAUGAUUUAUAAGACAAUUAUAAUGCAGGAUUCUGAAAUGUUAUUUUAAAGACGUGGCGCUUCUGAUCUAGUGUGUAUUAGUAAUCCAAACACUCAGGAGAACAUAGGAAUAAACGUAGGAGAAACGCUACCACAAUUAAUUACAAACGACAACCGACAAAGGACUGAACAUAACAGGUAGUAAAAAUACAAGGCAAUCAUAAUGAAAGACAGGUGCAAUUUAAGUGCAAUAUAAGUGACCAUAGAAACAAACGAGGACAUAAUCACUAAUCCAGGAAACUGAAGCUAAACAGAGCAGGGAAACAGGAACUAAAUGAAACAAAACAAAAUAUCACAAUAAGAGUCCCUGCUGGAGUCGUGACAGCUAUAUACAUUUAUUGUUCUAUUUAUCUUUACAGUUAUCAUUCUUGGUGUGAAUGGGUCUUAAUACUAGUUGCAGUUUCGUAUUGAUUUGUAUUGUACACAAAAAAAAAAAAAAAAAAAGUUUACAAGGUGUACUGGGUUUGAGGAAGAACUAAGUUGCAAAGUGGUUCAGACCUAUAGGUGCACUCUAUAAUUAUUUAAUUUAUUUUGCACUGGCUAUUAUGACAGUCUUCAUGGACUAAGUUAUAAAAGCAUUUAAAUUCUGAAAAUUAUCACUGAAGCAUAUUUUGAUGGAUUGUGUUAGUUUGAAAUCUGUUAGAGCUCUUUAUUUUUCUGUUGACUUUUAUCAAAAGAUUUGAAUGAAGUAAGACCUGAUUUAGUUUUAGAAUUUUUAUCUAAUAUCAAAUUUAAAAACCUGAUUUAAUUUUUUCUUUAAAAAAAAAAAAAAAAAAAAAAUUCUCAUUCUCGCUAUGAAUAUACCAAGGUAUCUCGCAUGCCGUUAAAUAAUAAACAAACAAUCAAACAAAUUAUAACAAUAUUCUAUGAAUUAUUGUUCUAUAAAUGUUCAAAUAGCCCAGUUUUUUUUUUUUUUUUUUCUUGGUUAUGUGAAAGUUAAGGGAACAUUCCAUUUUGCAACAUUAUGGGAAUUAUACUUUUGAACAUUCUAUGAACAUUCUGAAAAAAAAAAAAAAAAAAAAAAAAAUAGUUGAAUUUUUUAAAAUUGUUAGACAAACUUCCAACUAAAAUUUUCAAAGCAGCUGUUAUCCAACUCUUUUUAUAGGUAAGAGCGGGCGCAGCCAUUUGUAAAUUUAAUGUGUCUGGUUUCCAGUGUCAUUUACUUCCAGUUAUUUUUAGCUGUACAAAACAGCUCGUUAUGCUGCUUGAUUUAAAGCAUAUUUUUCAAAAGCACUAUUCACAAUGUGUACAGCUAUUGUAAUGAGCGUGUGGUUAUCUUUAAUGCUGAUAAUCAAACGUCUGAGUAGCCACUGUUCAAGAGGCCUGAACUGAGAAACAAACUAAUAUUACAGUAUUUCACAAUUGCUAAAACACUAAACCCCAUUCUCUGAACCCAAUGCUCAGUGGCCUAAACCCAUUUGUCGAAUCAGUCACUUUGUAGGCAAAACCUUAAACAAGUUCAGGUA